AUGAAUAAUUUCAAGUAUCUCAGCAGUAAUGGAGAAGGUUCAUCCACUAAUUUAGGAAAAAGAAAGGCAGCCGAAAUUGAUGAUGGUUCAUCAACUGGAGGAAAAAGGAAAGAGACAAGAAAAGAAAAAUUUAGACAAAAAACUAAAGAAAGGAUUAAACGAGCUAUAACUGAGCGCAUGUAUUUGGUUGGACAUAAGGAAAUCAACUUCACACAACGUGAAUACACAAUUUUAGGUCCAACUGGAUGUGUUCACACUACUGCAAUUACAAAUAUUCUCUCAUGUUCCUGCCCUGAUUUCCAAAAAGUUUUGAAAGUAGAUCAUAACAGUAAACUCAUUUACCAGAAAGCACUACUAACAAAUGAGUUAAGAUCAAUUUUUGAUAAGGCACCUCGAAUUCAUUUGCCAAGUAAAAAAUUUAUUAAUCAACUUGAAGAAACCAUUGUUUCAAUAAAACGACGUCGAAAAAUAGGUGAUGAUUGUCCAAUCUGGUAUGGAGAAGAUUUAGUUUGGUGCCAAAGUGGCUGUGGAAAUAAUAUACAUCGAAAUUGUUUCAAUCAAUGGAAACAAAUAAAUCCAACAGUAAAAUAA